AAGGAAGGUCUCGUCGCAUUCUCACCCGCAUUCCGCAUAGAACUUUCGGUCCUUUUGCUAUACCCCACAACUCAACACAUGCACGAGCUGCUUUGGCCGCUCAUAUCUCCACAUAUUGAGUGCUUCGGUUUCCUUCUGAGAGCAGGCUGCUCAGCAAAGAGCCCUGUCAGUCUCCACGAGCAGAUAUGAUUUCCUCCACAUUCGCCCCGAGCCUGUCUCGUAGGGACACCGCGAAAUCCAGUAUUGGCCACGAGGUCACGACUGGCAGCAUACCUCCUCCAUUAACGGCUGGAAGCGGAGCAUUCGGGCCACAGAGUGCUGCGGCAAUCUAUCAGCAUAUCCACGACAUGGCUACGAAACGAAUUUCUACUCUGGACUACCUAAAAAAGGCCCAUGAGGGCCGAAUUUAUUGGUUCAACACGGUACACUUUUCUAGAGCUGAUAUCGGUCGAAUUCCCUAUUUUGAGCAUCGGAAGCUUUCCCGUCGUGCAAUCAAUUAUCUCCUCCUUGGUUUAUCACUCCCGCCGAUUCUAGACGUCAGUUCGACACCUGGUGAAUACCUGCGGGCACUCAACGCCCUUCUGAUUGAAUUCGAAGCCUUCCAACAAGUCCACCCACCAGAUGGGAGCUCGUCUUCAACAUUAGCCAGAGCGCGUAUCCCACAGAUGUUCAAACGUGCCGCGCAUGCCGGCACUAAAGCAAGAAGGGCCAGCUCUGCAACCGAGAUCGGCUUACCCAUGCAGUCAAGCGACCCAUCGGAUCUGAAAGGACUUGCAGGGAAUGCUACCACGUCUACUACGGCUGCCGCUGCCGCCUCCUUCCCCCACACGGAGGCUUCAGAGCUUCUUCCUGGGGAAGAAUACUCUUAUCUGCUGACACCGUCAUUGCCCUUUGAGCCCGACUAUUUUGAGACAUUCGUAACUCUUUGCGAUGUGUUGAUAGACUGCUAUACACGGCUCGUGUCUCUGGUGUCGACACCCUCUAUCUGCACUGUUGCAUUGGGCGAAUUGUUCUCCAAGGCAGAUGCAAGACUUCGAAAGAUCAUGGUGGCGGGAGUCGUGCGAGAGUUCGAAGACGCAAGCCGUAAUAAUGCUAAAAGUGAAGUUUCGGGUGUUAGCCGCGUGGUUUUGGGAGGCCUCAUAGGUUAAUUGUGCUGUUAUUUGUUUGCCAAAGGCUGUCUUGGGCAUGCUCUGUUUCAUCAAGUGUAUAUAUCUACUGGUUAAUAUGAUCGUCAUACGAUCGAC